GAGUGUGUGUGUGAGUGUGUGUGUGAGUGUGUGUGUGUAGGCAAAUCAGAGGCACACACACUUCCUGCUUCAGCUUCAUCACACUCACUAGUUUGCCAUAAUGAGUUACCCCGGAUACCCCGGUUACCCACCUCAAGGAGGUGGUUAUCCACCCCAACAGCAGCAGGGGGGAUAUCCUGGGUAUCCCCCUCAGGCUGGGGGUUUCCCAGCAGGGGGUGGUUACCCACCCCAGCAGCAGCAGCAGGGGGGAUAUCCAGGGUUCCCCACUCAGGGAGGUGGUUACCCUGGAUUCCCUCAAAACCAGCCCGGAGGUUACCCCGGCAUGCCCCAAGGUGGAUGGGGGGGUCAGCCUGGGUUUGGAGCUCCAGGAGGAGGGAUGCCGCAAGGGUAUCCUGGAGGUCCGAUGCCGGGACAACAACCCAUGCCAAGUUACCCUGGAGGUGCUCCUGCCCCAAACCCCUCAUUUCCCGGCAUGCCUGGCUUUGGAGGACCCGGAGUUCCAGCUGGACCCGGAGUUCCAGCUGGACCUGUAGGACCCGCAGGACCUGUGGCACCUGGAGCACCUGCCUUUAACCGUGGUUUUCGUGGCACCAUAAAGGACGCCGCCGGUGCUGACCCUCUCCGAGAUGUUGAGGUUCUUCGCAAAGCCAUGAAGGGCUUUGGCACUGAUGAGAACGCCAUCAUCGAGUUACUAGGGAAUCGCUCCAGUAAGCAGCGUGUGCCGCUGGUUAAGGCUUACAAGACCACUUACGGGAAGGAUCUGUUCAGCGAUAUAAAGUCGGAGAUAUCAGGGAACUUUGAGAAUCUCGUGUUGGCCAUGUUGCAGAGUCCUUGCCAGUUCGACGCCGCCGAGCUCCACCACGCCAUAGCGGGUGUAGGGACAGAUGAACCAUGUCUGAUUGAGAUUCUUUCAUCUCGCUCUAACGCCGAGAUUCAAGAGAUCAACCGUAUUUAUAAAGCAGAAUACGGUAAAACUCUGGAGGACCGCAUCAUCCAUGACACCUCAGGUCACUUCCGCAGGCUGCUGGUUUCUCUCUGCCAGGGGAACCGUGAUGAGAGGGAGACCGUGGACGUUGCUAUGGCCAAGCAGGACGCUCAGGCACUCUACUCUGCAGGAGAGAAGAAACUCGGGACGGACGAGUCUCAGUUUAAUGCUAUUCUGUGUGCACGCAGCAAACCACACCUGCGACAGGUGUUUCAUGAGUACCAGCAGAUGUGUGGCAAGGACAUAGAGAAGAGCAUCUGCAGUGAGAUGCACGGAGAUCUGGAGCAUGGCAUGGUGUCAGUGGUGAAGUGUAUCAAGAACACACCUGGCUUCUUCGCUGAGAGACUCCACAAGGCUAUGAAGGGGGCGGGCACUAAGGAUCGUACUCUGAUCCGGAUCAUGGUGAGCCGCUCUGAGGUGGACAUGUUGGACAUUAGACAGGAAUAUGUGCGCAACUACGGCAAAUCCCUUUACAACGACAUCUCAAGCGACACAUCUGGUGACUACAAGAAGCUGCUGCUGAAGCUGUGUGGAGGAAGUGAUUAAGAGGACACACACCGACACACACCGACACACACCAACACACACCGUUAUACUCACACUGGUGCUCCUCCCGCCUGCCGUGUGUGUGUGUGAUCUGCAUUAGUGUGUGUGUGUGUGUGUUAAAACCUGUGGCAGAUUUCUACACAGAGUUUAUAUUGCAUUUAUAUUAGCUUAUAGCCGUGUGAGUUACACAGGAAGUACAAUCAUUAUGGCCUUAUAGAGUGUGCAUGUGCCUUUAUAAACAUUUAUAAACAUAUAUAACACAUCAUUUUAUACAUCUGUGUCUGUCUGUGUGUGUAGUACUAUCAUCACAAUAAAGUCUGAUGUAUGAACA